AGGCGCUCGUAGAGCUGUCAAAAGUGUCGGACUUGGUUGAUCGACAGAUCAGUUUGGCAGAUAUGGAAAAAAGACUAAUUGAUUUGUAUCGACGGCUUGAGGGAAGAUUUAAUGUGUUUGAAGCAAAUCGUCACCUUUUGUUUGAAGGCGAAUUGAUGAAGCAGUCCCGAAGGGACAUUCAGCCUCGUUAUUUGAUACUGUUCUCAGACACUCUGUUAAUUUGCAAGUAUUCGCGAGCACCGUCGCUUGGAACAGAGGCCAAUUUUCAUUCUGAUUUCUACAAGUUCAGUGUUUCACGGAUUCGUGUAAAGGCGGAAGAGCACGGCGAAUAUGAAACACAUUUUCAGUUGUUCACCACGCAGAAGAGUGCUGUUUUCAUUGCGAAGUACUUUUUUUUUUCCUUCAGAGUUUUUAUUGUUGUUCUCUUUGGCGAAGUUAUAGAAAAAUUCACAGCUGUUUUUUUUUUCUUUUUUUUUAUGGUAGAACCUUCAAGUAAGCCCAUUUGUAUGGGUUUUUUUGCAUCUGUGCAAUGCAAAUAG